AUGUCAAACACGGCCGCAGCCUGUCUCGUAACCCAGCUUGUACCCAUCUUGAUCAACCCCAGUAACGCGAACCUCGGCGCAAAGGCUGCCUACGUCUUCUUCGCUCCUUCAGUACCGUUAUCUAUCUACAUGUAUUUUUGCUUCCCUCAGAUGAAGGGUCGUAGCUAUCUAGAGCUAAAGAAGAGAUUUCAAGAACUUUAA